AUUAGUCUGAUCCUUCAUGCUUUGUUGAGACUGGGAAGCCAUUUUGGAAUUCUGCAGUGUGGAAUAGAAAAUAAUGUGCUGUCAACUUGCAAACUUGCCUUGAAUUAUUUUGCCUGGGACUGCUGGAUCUUGAACAGAAUGCUGAAGCAUAUAAUCAUUCUUAAUAUAUGAAACGGAUGACUCUGGAUUUUGGAUAUAUAGUAUGAUUUGAAACAAUCACCAUGGAUUUUUCACGUCUACAUACGUACACCCCACCCCAAUGUGUGCCAGAGAACACUGGCUAUACAUAUGCACUCAGUUCAAGUUAUUCUUCAACUGCCCUGGAUUUUGAGACUGAACACAAAUUGGAUCCAGUGUUUGAUUCUCCAAGAAUGUCAAGACGCAGUUUACGCUUGGUGACUGCAGGAUAUAGCGCAAAAGAUGAUGCGCAAAAUGACAGCGUACAUAGCAGUUCCUAUACUGGAAACAUGUCUUUGCCAGACCAAUCAUCCAGAACAGGAAAGCAGCGCAAAAGUAUGAGCAAACAGUCUGUCACUAUGAAACAUACUCCAAGAAAAAAUGUGUCCAGUUCUUCUAUUUUUAGCCAAAGUAGUUUCAAUAGCCACGCCAGUGAUACGUCUCUGAUAUCUACUGUAUUGGAUGAAUCUUUGAUUCAGGAGCAAACCGAAGUUGACCAUUUUUGGGGGCUUGAUGAUGAUGAAUGCGACCUUAAAGGCGGGGACACAACAUUGAUUCAGGGAAAUGGUGAUAUAGCCGCUGCUGAAACACAGACCAUGAUCAAUGGCUAUACUUGCAGUGACUGCAGUAUGCUUUCUGAACGGAAGGAGGUCCUCACAGCAUACUCUGCUUCUCACAUGCCAUCUUCAAGAAUUUACUCUAGGGAUAGGAGCCAAAAAUAUAAGUCUAGAAACACCUAUUUCUACAUGAAUAAGAUUCUGCGAUUGAUCAAAUAUACUGCAACAUCUUUUGCAUCCCUGUUAGUGCAACUAUUUCAAAUGGUUUUGCUGACGUUGGGUUGUGAACUUAAAGAAACUCAGAUCUUAUCUAAUCAAGCUUUCCUGGAAGGUGCUAUGGGCAAAUGGAGAACUGCUCACUCGAAUUACUGUGGAAGUAUGAAUGUAAAAGACUUUCUCAAAGAGGAUGGUCAUCUUGAUAUAAAUGGGGAAUCAUUAUGUGAUGACUGUAAGGGGAAGAAACAUCUUGAAACACACACAACAGUCCACAUGCAAUCCUCAAGGUCUAAAAGGGUAGCAAGGACCAUUUGGCACACCUUUUCUUAUGCAGGUUACUUUGCGCUACAAGUAUUGCAAACAGUGGGAGCAACAGGAUGGUUUGUGACUCAGAAGAUGUUAUCACUACUUUGGCUGGCCGUUGUUUCUCCAGGGAAGGCAGCUUCUGGGGCAUUCUGGUGGCUUGGAACUGGAUGGUAUCAACUUGUUACUCUGAUUUCUCUGUUCAAUGUGUUUCUUCUUACAAGAUGCCUUCCAAAGAUUUACAAACUUUUACUGUUUCUCAUCCCACUGCUGUUUUUGCUAGGCAUAUGGUUCUGGGGCUUAGAAGGCUUCCUUUCAUUACUGCCUACAUUCAGUUGGUCAAGCAUACAUCAAACACAAAGAAUUGAAGAUUCUAUGCAGAUUCUUAAACCACGUCCUGAUUCUUCUCACUAUGUUGAGUCUCCACAGGGUACCAUACAGUUCUUUGAUUCUAGUCGUAUGAGUGAACUGGAAAAGCAAAUAGCCUUCAUGUCUGACAGAUGUCAUAACAAUGAUGAAGUUUAUGGCAAAGUGAUGCUACAGCUCAAGAAGCUUCAGGAUCAGUUUGUCCAGAUGAAUGACAAAAGUGAGAUGUUGAUAUUAAUAAAAAAUGUAAUGAGCCAGCAUCUUAAGGAAAGACAAUCUGAGGAAAUGGCACAUUCAACGACUGAUCUUCUGGCAUUGCACCAAGAACAUGAUUUGCGUAUUCUGACACUGGAAGACCUUAUUGGAAAACUUUCUGCAAAAUCUGAGGACAUCCAGAAGGAACUUGAACUAACCCAAACAAGAACAGUGAGUGGAAGUGAUGAACAAAAUCAGCAGCUUUUAUCCAAGAUUAAACAGCUAGAACUUGAAUUGGCUCACAUGAAGUCAGAACUUUUAACUUCCGAAGGCUUGAAGACCAGCUGUGAGAAAGCAGAAAUGAUUCAUGAAAAAGUAGAUGCCCAGGUCAAAGAAUCUGUCAAACUUAUGUUUUUUGGUGACGGACAAGAAAACUUUUCUGAAUCACUACUCCAAUGGCUAACGUCCAGAUUUGUGAGCAAGAGUGAUCUGCAGGUUUUGUUACAAGAUUUAGAGCUGCAAAUCCUCAAGAAUAUUACUCUCCACAUGUCUAUUACAAACCAAAAGCCAACUUCUGAAGUAGUAACAAGUGCAGUAAAUGCAGGGAUUUCUGGCAUCACAGAAGCGCAAGCACGCAUUAUUGUAAAUAAUGCACUGAAACUCUAUUCUCAAGAUCAGACUGGUAUGGUGGACUUUGCUUUAGAAUCCGGAGGUGGCAGCAUUCUGAGUACUCGCUGUUCUGAGACCUACGAGACCAAAACAGCACUAAUUAGUCUCUUUGGAAUUCCUUUGUGGUAUUUCUCUCAGUCUCCCAGAGUGGUAAUCCAGCCUGAUAUGUAUCCAGGAAACUGCUGGGCAUUCAAAGGAUCACAGGGAUACCUUGUAGUUAGACUUUCUAUGAUGAUCUACCCAACAGCCUUUACAUUAGAACAUAUACCAAAAACUCUUUCACCGACAGGAAAUAUCACAAGUGCUCCAAAGGAUUUCUCAGUAUACGGUCUAGAAGAUGAAUAUCAGGAAGAAGGCACCCUUCUAGGACAGUAUGUCUAUGACCAAGAUGGAGAGUCACUACAGAUGUUUCAAGUGACGGAGAAAAAUAAAAAUGCAUUCCAGAUAGUGGAGCUAAGAAUUUUUUCUAAUUGGGGUCAUACAGAAUAUACCUGUCUGUAUCGGUUCAGAGUGCAUGGAAAACCUAUUGAAUAAACUACACUACAGUUUUUCUGUUGUAUAUUUUCUGUUUGUAUAUAUUGGAAAACCUAGAACACUGGAAUCUUUAAGGGAUGAGGAUGUGUGACAUGUACUCCAGGAUCAAUACUUCUCUUCAGUAAAAUGCUAAAGACUGACAGCAGAAUUGUAUACAAACUCAUACCUGCUCUGAUACUCAGCUUGUAAUUGCCAUCAGCUUUAUAUUUUAAUGUAUCCAUUCUGAGAAAAAUAUUGCAUGUAAACUACUUUGGUUCACAAAACCCACUUGGCAAAUAGGUGAUACUUAUUUUAUUACCUUUGAAUGUACAGUUUUUAAAUAAGCCAUGUUUUCUGCAGCUAGGAAUCAGUUUUUAAUACAGGCUCCAUCUGCACACUUCUAUUACCCAGGCAUCCUAUGUCAAACAUAUGACUACUUUUAAACACUAAUUGUGGCUAACAUAUGCUUUAGUUGACCAUGACUUUUGAACUUGUUGCUAGGCCCAAAAGGACUUCCAACAUAGAUACAGAAUAUGAUACAUGUUACUGUCACGGAAAGUUAAUGGAACCAAAACUAGUUUAAGCAUCAGAGGCAUAAAAAGCUUUCCUCUAACAUGGAACCAUGCAUUGAUGUAAAAAUCAGGGUUGAUUUUAAGCUACUAAAAUUAUUUUAAGUUUUCUUCCUUUUUAGUUUCCUCUUGAUUUUGCUUUUUAGAAUAAUCACUCAGGCUCCAUCUACACAGCUUCCUUCUUCCGCAAAAGCCUAUGCAAAUGAAGUGCGGAUUAGUAUAUUGCCACACUUCAUUUACAUAAUUAAUUAGGAGCCAUUUUUGCACAAAAAACCUCUCUUGCGCAAGAGCCAUUCUUCCUGAAAAAAUGAGGAAGAACAGCUCUUACGCAAGAGGGGCUUUUUGCACAAAAAGGCGCUGUGUAGAUGGCGCCUUUUUGCGCAAAACCAGCUCCUAAUUAAUUAUGCAAAUGAGGUAUGGCAAUAUGCUAAUCUGUGCUUAAUUUGCAUAGGCUUUUGCGGAAGAGGGAAGCUGUGUAGACGUAGCCUCAGUAUAUGAACCCUUACUGGGCCAAUGUAAUAGGCUUAUUCAGUAUAGGUGAGAAUGAGAGUAUGGCUAGUGUUCUGCAGA